CCGCAACAACUUUCCGGCGCGCUUUGAUGUCGUCAUCAAUGGGUGACGCGCUUGCUCUAUUGUGUUUAUGUUGAGUUUUCUAUUGGGUUUUUUUCAAAAUAAAUAAAUAAAAACGGCACAAAGCUAAAUAUUCCUCUCACGCCUUCGGUCAUGGAUUGGAAGACAUCUUAAGUAACAGUCUAAAAACCAACAUGAAUAAAGGUUGGCUGGAGCUAGAGAGUGAUCCGGGACUCUUCACUCUGCUGGUGGAAGAUUUUGGUGUCAAAGGUGUGCAAGUUGAAGAAAUCUAUGAUCUCCAGAGCAAGUGUCAAAGUCCUGUCUAUGGCUUCAUCUUCCUCUUUAAGUGGAUUGAAGAGCGUCGAUCCAGGAGGAAAGUCAACACUUUGGUGGAUGAGACUUCGGUCAUCGAUGAGGACAUAGUAAAUGACAUGUUUUUUGCUCAUCAGCUGAUACCAAACUCGUGUGCUACCCAUGCUCUGCUGAGUGUUCUCCUGAACUGCAGUGGAGUUGAGCUGGGCUCCACACUCAGUCGCAUUAAGGCUUUUACUAAAGGCUUUAGUCCAGAGAGUAAAGGUUAUGCAAUUGGAAACGCCCCAGAGCUCGCCAGAGCUCAUAACAGCCACGCCAGACCGGAGCCAAGGCACUUGCCGGAGAAGCAGAAUGGCAUCAGUGCAGUUCGAACGAUGGAAGCUUUCCAUUUUGUCAGCUAUGUGCCAAUCAAAGACCGCCUGUUUGAGCUGGACGGACUAAAGGCUUACCCCAUCGACCAUGGACCCUGGGGUGAGGAGGAGGAGUGGACGGAUAAAGCUCGACGGGUGAUUAUGGAGAGGAUUGGGCUGGCCACAGCUGGUGAGCCGUACCAUGACAUCCGCUUCAACCUGAUGGCAGUGGUGCCCGACCGAAGAAUGAAGUACGAGUCUAAAUUAGAAGUUCUAAAGAAAAACCGACAAACUAUUCUGGAAGGUCUGCAGAAGAUGAUCCGGCUCACGCAGACUGAGCAUGUCCAGGAGAAGAAGCAGCAAGACGCUUCUGCUGCAGACGACAGCAUCAAGAAGGAAGCAGAUGCCAGCUCGGGGGCUUCCUCAGUGGAUGAGUCCAAAGAGACCUCUAACUCUCCAGGAGGCUCUAAAACGAUGGGCAAACCAGCUGCUCCGUCUGGAGGAGGUUCCCAGCAAGCAGGCGGUUCAAACCCCGUUGUUCAAAGGCUGCCAGCAUUCCUGGACAAUCACAACUACGCCAAGUCUCCAAUGCAGGAGGAAGAAGAUCUUGCAGCUGGCGUCGGUCGCUCUCGGAUGCCAGGCCAACCUCAGCCCCCAUACUCUGAUGAUGAAGAUGACUACGACGAGGAAGAAGAAGAUGCAGCAGGUUCCACUAGCACUGCAAGCAGAUUCCGGCGGAAGGCCAGUCUGCGGUCCCGAACGGGUCGGGUUGGAUCUGGCAUGGAGAGCCAGAUUGCCCUGAAUGUUUUGGCGGAGAAGCUGAAGAAGGAGGCUCAAAGGAAAGAUGCUCUGAACACUCCUCUGUCUGUGCGCACCGAAGGCCGCACAGGUGGGAUCUGCAUAACAUCUGCCUCGCAGCCUUCCCCGACGCCCAGCAAUGAAAGCACCGACACGGCGUCUGAGAUCGGCAGCGCCUUCAACUCCCCCCUGCGCUCACCGGCGCGCUCCCAGGCCGCCACACGCCCAUCCAGUCCAGUAGCGUCCCAUCUGUCGCGCGUGCUGUUCGGGGAGGACGAGAUGUUGAGGCUGGACUCCAGACACAACCGAGCCGUGAGAGAACUCGGCCCGUCUGUCAGCAUCGCCCUGCUUCACCUGCAGGAGGACGGCGUCAUCUGUGCUCUCGCUUCACCAGCAGAUUUGGCUGCUGAGAAUACAAAGCAGCCCUGCACUUCUGAGAAAGGAAAAGUUAAAGAUCAAACUGCAGAAAAAGAGGCUAUAAAAGAGGGAGGAGAUGGAUCAUCUGUAGAGGUGAAGAAAGAGGACGAGAGUAAAUGUGGGGCAGACGUGAAACCAGGAAAAGAGAAGCUCAACGCUGUGGAGUCUAGCUCAGAGAGCAAACCUCCCGGGGAUCGGUACUCCCCCAAAGAGCUUCUUGCACUGCUGAAGUGUGUGGAGGCCGACAUCGCCAAUUAUGAGGUGUAUCUAAAGGAGGAAGUGGAAAAGAGAAAGAAAUAUAAAAUUGACGAUCAGCGGAGGACCCACAAUUAUGACGAGUUUAUCUGCACGUUUAUAUCAAUGCUGGCCCAAGAAGGGAUGUUAGCCAGCCUGGUGGAGCAGAACAUUUCAGUGCGCCGACGUCAGGGAGUGAGUAUCGGCCGCUUGCACAAACAGAGGAAGCCCGAUCGAAGGAAACGCUCCCGACCUUACAAAGCCAAGCGUCAGUAAAGAAUAUCUGUUUUAGUAAUCUGUAAACACCAAUCAAUCAACACAGGGGAAUCAAGAAUUUGCUGGACUCCUGACACUCAUUCCUAGAGGCAGUAUAGAGUCGUAUUUUAGUCUUCUGCUUCUCAAAGUGGACCAUGUGUUCCUUAAUAUAAACCUCGCUAUUGUGCCAUUGUUACUGUCAUUUUGAAGAAGAGGCUUAUCUUUAGGGGUGUUCCUUUCAUGUUUUUAAUGAACAAUCUUCUCUUUGUUCUAUUUUUUAAUACAAAUGUUAUUUGUUGGAAAAUGAACUUAUUUAAAUGUAACUUCUCUGUCUUCACUUGUUCAGUGCCAGUGAAGUGUUGAAUGUUUAUGACGAAUAAAAAUCCUCUGUUCAUUGUCAGUCGCAGACUUUCAGUGCUGCUAAUUCAUCUUUUUUUUUUUUUUUAAUAUUACACAAAGUAGAAAACUUCAACCCAAGUCAAGAAGCCUCCUCAUUUUUUUUCCUCUGGAAUGUCUUUUAGAAAAAACUCUUUUCUCUUUGCUUUUUUGCAUUCAGACAUUUCAAACACAUUUUUUCUACUCAAAAAUGAUCUCAAGGUAAUAUUGAGAUGUGUGCAGUUGUGUGUCUUUGUAUAUAUUUAUCUGUUAUUCGGCUCAAUUGAACAUUGUAUUCUGUUGUGCUCCGUGUUUUAUCAGUUCAUUCAGCAAUAAAGUCAAAGUGUACACUUUCAAA